GAUACAGACACGCGUUACACGCACCUGUAUACGACGAUUAAACAUUUAACACGGUUUUGGAUUAUCUUAAAAAGACAAAUUGUUUAAUUCGAUCUCGUAAUAUAUUGAAGGUUUGAAGUUGAUCGAUUGUAUCAAAGGAAAGACAUUGCAUGUCUGUCAUCGUACGUUCGACAAUUUUCAACGUCCACUAUCGGUAUAAAAAACAUCUGUACACAUCUACAUCCCUGGAACGUGGAAGGGAUAACAUGGCCACCGCCUGGUGACGUUCCUUCAUUUGCUGCGAUAUCAAAUGCCCCGAAAAACAUCUGGUGCACCUUAUCGCUGCCAUUAACAAUUAUUUCUUCUUCGAGACAAUCUAACACGAUAUUCUUCUCUGUGAAUAGUGCAACGAAUGUGAUAAUGAACAUGUGGAAAGUGAGGGAGUUUAUGGAUAAGGCGACUAAUGUGGUAAUGAAUUAUACUGAAACAGAAGCCAAAGUACGGGAAGCAACGAACGAUGAUGCGUGGGGACCUACCGGUGCAAUGAUGCAAGAACUGGCUCAGGCAACAUUCACAUACGAACAAUUCCCAGAUGUAAUGUCCAUGUUGUGGAAAAGGAUGUUGCAAGAAAAUAAACGAAAUUGGCGUCGUACAUACAAGUCCUUGCUUCUUUUAAAUUACUUGGUACGUAAUGGAUCCGAACGAGUUGUAACAUCCUCUAGAGAACAUAUUUACGAUUUACGAUCAUUAGAAAACUACACUUGCAUAGACGAGCUUGGAAAAGAUCAAGGAGUAAACAUCAGGCAUAAAGUACGAGAACUAAUCGAUUUUAUCCAAGAUGAUGACAAAUUAAAGGAAGAACGUAAGAAGGCAAAGAAAAAUAAAGAUAAAUAUGUCGGAUUGUCGAGUGAAGCAAUGGGUAUGAGAUUUGGUGGUGGAGAUAGGUGGACGGAUAGUCCCAAAUGGAACAAAUCUAACACGGAUACUUAUAAUGAUUGGGAUAGAGAUAAUCGUAGUAAAGGUUUUGAAGAUGCAAACAAUAGUGACGAUGGAGAAAGAGAAGACUCGGACAAUGAUACACAUCCUAGUCCCAAAAGAGGUAACAGGGAAUACAGGGAUACCAUGGACAGUAUAGAUCGAAUUGGGAAAACCAUUUCUGGAUCUACAUCCUCUGUGAAUGCAUCACCUGUACGAACAACACGCAAUAUUAAAAAAGUAGACUUAGGUGCAGCAGCAAAUUAUGGAAAAGAUCAAACUAAUACGUUUUCUUCUAUGGGUAAUCACCCGAAGAAUAAAAAUGAUAUUUUAAAUGACAUAUUUGAUUCUCAAAAGGAUAAUAAUGCCAAAUCUACCAUCGAUGAUGAUGAUUUCAAUCCAAGAGGAAAUAAUCAUUCGCAAACAGCUAAUCUUGAUUUUGGUGAUUUUGCUAGUGCAUUUGGUAGUCCUACUGUUAAAAUGAAAGAAAAUGAUGAAUUUGCUGAUUUCACAUCGGCUUUUAAUUCUGGCGCUACUACCUCUCCUAAUAAUUCAUCUAUUCAAUCUAAUGUAUCGCAAAAUAAUCAAUUAUCUUUUAUGGGAUCCACGAUACCAAACGCAAGCAAUACAAUGACAAAUAAUUUAAAUAACACUAUGAUUUCUAAUGCUCAAUCAACUGGUUUAAAAAUUAUUAAUCCAAGUAAUGUUCAAACGCAGAAGAAUAAUGUUGGUAAUAAUUUGUUUGAUUCUUUGCAAUCACCAACAACCAAUAAUGAAGCAAUAUUAAACAAUAAUACAGUAUGUUCAAAUACUGAUUUGUUAUCGGAUCUUGGGAACUUCAAUUCUUUAUCAAUCGGAUCAGGAGAUAGAAGAGAAAAUAAUGCUAACAACUCUAACUUGUUUAAUACCUCUACUACACCUGUUGUUUCGGGCGAUUUUGGAACAGGAACAAUUGGACUGUCAUCUGUUGCAAAUUUUCUCACUCCCUCAUCUGUUAAUGUCAAGAAUACAGCAGCAAAUAAUAUGUCUUCCUUGCAAAUUGGCUCAACGUGGGCUGGCUCAGGUUUGAAUAUAGAUCUUGAUAACAUAAUGGGUAGUAAAUCAAAACAAUCUGGACCAGCACCAACUAUGAAUCAACUUGCUAGUACUAGCCCACAGCAUCAAAUUAAACCUUUAGCACCAACAUUAGGAUAUACGUCACCUAUAAUUCAAUCUUCAACGCAACAACAACAACAACAGCAACAACAACAACAACAACAAGCAAAUUCAGUAUUCUUCUCUGCGUUUCAAUGAGACGCAUAAAAAUAAUUUUAAUUAGACAACAAUAAAAUUUUUUAAAUAUGCAUAUAUACAUAAAAAUCUGUAAGUAUAAUACAGCCAGGACUUGAAAGAGACGAUCUAUUUAUUUAAUACAGUUGGGGGAAAAAAAAAAAACAACUUUCUUCUAGUUUCUUGGCAAAAUAUACAGUCUCUGAUAUAUGCAGAAUUUACUUGAAUUUCUUUUUCCAUAAUAUUCAGAUUAUAUUGUUGUCAAAAUAAAAAAAAAAAAAUAAAAAAAUGGUAAAAUGGUGAAUAUAUAAUUGUGUAUCGUGGAAUCAUGUGUUCAUGAACAAUCCAAAUAAAAAUGAACAUCAUAAAUCAUCUCUGUAAAGUUGAGUGCUAACUAAAUACAAAACUCUAUUUGUUUACUGAAAGAUUUGUCAGUAUGUAAAAUAAGUAUUGCAAUAAUAAUAUAUGAAUAACAUUCUCGUUAUAUAUAAAAAAAAAAAAAAAAA